UUCCAUUCUGAUCCGCAUUUCUUUUUUCUGAUCAUCCAUCUGAUCAGCCUAAAAGAAGCAGCUAGUUCACCUCGCCUGUUUUUCGGUCAUUGUGCUCGAUUAGGUCUUGAUCCUGAACGAACCAGUUUAUGCCCCUAGUUGCUGAACUGCAUUGAGAGUAACGCUCUUGGCGUCAUUUUACCCGUGUGCACCUCUCAGGCUUUAUUCGUCUAUGGUCCGAGACUGUCUGGUCUGGCUAUGGAUCCACCAGUGUCAAAAGCUCCGUGCACUGAUGAGGGUUGUUAGCGGUAGUAUCGCUGGCAGGAAGGGAUUUAGAUGAGCAUCUCCUUUCCUAUAUUUCGUCCCCUUGUUUGGGCUGGAAAAAACAGACAUGCUGACGUCACCUUCCCAGCCUGGCCACGCAGCCCGAUGCAGCUCGUUGAUCAAUAGCGCAUCGACGCAAGCGAAUCAAACCCGACGAACGGGGAAUGAAUCCAGCGAUCUCGCACGAAAUCAUUUCAGGAGGGUCGGCUCUUCUUCCGGGCGGUUCUCCAGCACUCCUCUAGGACUCCCUCCUCUUCCUCCACGUUCAAGGGUGCUUGAGAGUCUACACACCUGCAGGAUAGGUAGCGUUCCCAUCAUACCACGAUCGUCGAGAACCUGCGCAAGCACUGCAGAUUUUCCAAGCUACCAAAGUAGCAUUUUCCGUGUCAAGGAACCACAUUUCAAUAACCCCCCGAAUCAAUUAUACCAGCAGCGUUAUCAGCAGCGUGAGAGGAGCUCAGACGUCAGCCGAUCAGUCCAAUGUCGAGCCGGGCAGGGUUCAUACGGAAGAACACGACGGCAGCUCCCGUCAACCCCUCCCCACAGCACCGGUCCCAACUCCCUUCAUCCCUCCUCAAACCCCUUCCGUACCCAGCAUCCGUCUUCUUCUCCCUUUAUUAGGGGACCAGAGCUUCCGGGUAGGCGACACAGGAGACGGGAGCAAUGGCGCACGCGACUAGCCUGGUGGGAUAACUGGUUCUCCAGACGCCCUCCGGAACCUCCCCCGGGGUGGCCAGGUGUUCCGGAUGAGCCUCCCGGGGGACCUCCGGGGGAUGCGCGGAGGCGGAGCCGGAGACCGGAGGGGGAACCUGGCACGCGGAGAGGCGGAGGGGCAGGGCCAGGCGGAGGGGAACCUGGCACGCGGAGAGGGGGAGGGGGAGGAGAAUUCGGCACGCGGAGAGGGGGAAGCGGAGGCGGAGAAGCAGGGAGAGGUGGCAGCAGUAAUAGAGAGGGUGUUGGCGGCGGUGGUGUGGGAUCUGCAGGCAGGCAGCCAGGAUUCGAAGCCCCGGGAUUUAAAGGAUCAGGGUUCCGUGGCACCGGUUCAGGCUCGGUGUUCGGAAAGGGGUUCGGGCAAACAGGCCCAGGGAUGUCCGGGAAUAAGUCCGGUUCGGGUGAGCCCGGCGCGCCGCUGCCACGCUGGCAGCAACGUCAGAUAGUGGGCGGCCCGGAUGACGACAUCGACAGCAUGUUGGCAGAUCCCGAGCGGUUCGAGCGGUGGCAAACGUCCCGAGAACUACGGGGAAUCCAAGUCGCGGGGAUGGAUCCGGACGACAGGGAGUGGGAGGAUUGGUUAGACGAUCCGUCAGAGUAUGAUUAUAAGACUGGAGGGUGGUAUGAGCCGCAACCAGACUGGGAGAAAGGGGGGAUGCCACGAGAGGCGCCGGAUAUUCCGGAGAGAGGCAUGAGCCGGUCGUUUAGAGAGCUGCUGGUGAGGAUUUUCAAGCCGCAGGACGAGGUGGAGGAGAGCCUGACGUUCGAAGAGCGGGUCUUCAGAUACACGUCUCAGACCACGGCCAAAUUUGUCAUCUUCCUCAUUGCAGUGCCGUGGGUGUCCAGCUGGGUGCUGCAUGAUUACAUCCUCACCCCCUUCAUGCACCACUAUGCGCACACAACCCCGCUGAUAGCGCGCAUGCUGGACCUGAGGGAGGCGCAGAAGCUCAACAUGAUCGAGCGCCUCAAGCUGGAGCGGCAGCGGAUCCGGUUCGAGGCGGACAUUGGGAAGGCCCCGCCCUUGUCGGAGGAUGGGCUGGCCGCUUACCUGCAGGAGGAAGCGCGCGAGAUGCGGGAGGAGAUCCGGCACGAGAAUGAAGCAGCGUUCGCAUAUAUAUUUUCAGACACGGUGGGGUGGCUCAUCUUCGCGUUCAUUCUGUACGCGAACCCGAGCCAAGUGGGCAUUAUGAAGCUCACGGGCGACCGCAUCUUCACCAACAUCUCAGACACGGGGAAGGCCUUCGUUAUCAUCCUCUGCUCUGAUAUCUUCCUGGGGUACCACUCGGAGUCGGGGUGGGAGACGGUGGUGGAGAUGUUUCUGGACCACUACGGGCUUGUGGCGGACCAGAACUCCAUCUACAUCUUUGUGGCCAUCGUGCCCGUCACCAUUGACUCAUUCUUCAAGCUCUGGGUAUUCCGAUACCUUGUGCGACUUUCCCCCUCUGCUGCUGCCACUUUCCGUGAGAUGAAGCGUCACUAGGCCUGCUGCAGCUGCUAUGCUGCUCCGUUUGCUUCCUCGCUUCUGUUGAUGCAGCCUGCUUGGCAGCCCGGCUGAUUGCCGCGAAAGCUGUGCAUUUGUGGCCGUGCGCAUGUGAGGUCAUCUGCAAUCCUUGACAGAUCAUGCAAUUUUUUGAAUGGUAAAUGCCCCAUGCUGCUUUUCUAGUCCAGCAUGUGCUUACAGAUGCUGCAGCCAUACGUCCUUAGCUUUGUAUCUGUAUGGUCCAUCUUAGAAUGUGGUAUGCCUUGUAGAAAUUGAUUAGUACGGUAUGCCAUGUUUGCUGAGAAGGUUUAUGGAGACAGGUGACUGAGAUUUGCAUCCUCGGUAUAAUGAGUGUAAAAUAUCCGU